UAAAAUCCUUACAGCCAUCAUACUUCACUAAAAACUGGAUGCACUAACUCUUAGCUUAACACUGGAUUAUACGAACCCCAGUAUAUGAACAAACACAUAAGUCUAAGAACUUGAGUCGAUUCAUUUUGCAAUUUUGGGACCAUAAAUACUGCAUCUUCCUUAAAUAAAACAAGAAGCUGACAAUUAAUCAUUUCUCUACAUGGACCAUACAGAAGAUCCAUGAAUACCUCAAAAGGGUAACGAAAAUUGAUAAACUAAGUAAAGGGUGUCGAAUAAUUCAGUAAAUCUUCAGACUUCAGAGAUGCAAUUACUACCGUCUUGAUUGGUUUUUGAUCUUGUCAUCAUCAUCAGAUUUUUUUCUUCUCAGUAUUCAUUUUUGUGACGAUUCAGAAGAGCGGUAAGAUCAAGUAUUUCUCUAAGAGCUAGCACCUUACCAAGAUCAAUAAUGAAAACUUAGUAAAACAUCUGCAAAUUCUUCUCUUAAAUUUUCUUUCUCUUCUUCUUUCCAAUCUGAUAAUUCUUAGUUUUGGUACUCUACCUUGCAUUCAAAUAUCUCUGGUAGCUCAACUUCUCCUAUCAGAGCUAGAAGAAGAUUUCUUAGAUUAAAUAUAUCAGAUAUACUUUUCCCAGUCUCUUUCUUUAGCAAGAUCCACCACUUUCUGCCUCAAAACUUCAAAGACUAUCUAACAACACCAUCUACUGGAACUCCUGUCAUCUUUCUAUUUCUAUUUCUUCUCUGGUGCGCAGCAUAAGCAGACUAGUAAGUUUUGUACUACACAAAAUGGCGAUCACUCGAAGUCGAAGAGCAUCCAGAGCACCCAGACCAAAUGUGUUUAUCUCUGGUGGAAACAUCGUCGCUUCUACUGAUGAUGAUGGAACUAAUGAAAUCGGUUGUAGACGGCCUCGAUUCUUCAAGAUAAUUCACAAUGCAAUUAUCCAAGAUGGGAACUUGAAAAUCCCGCCAGAGUUCUUUAUGAAUUAUGGGGCCGAUUCUCACCAUGCAACCCUCGAAGUUCCAGAUGGUCUAACCUGGGAUGUUCAGUUGAAGAGAAACUCAAAUGGCGGCAACGCUGCUGUUAGCUUUCAAAUUGGUCAGUUAGCCCAAUUUUUUGAGUACUACUCCAUACGCCCAGGACAUGUUUUGUUAUUCAAAUACCAUGGAAAUUCUCAUUUCCAUGUUGUAAUAUUUGAUACAAGUGCUGGUGAAAUAAACUAUCCUGCUGAUAGUUCUAAUGAUGAAGUGCACUUUCACGGCUACCACGAAGGAGGUCCCUCUGAUAUCAAGAGCAGUGAAGAAGAAGAAGAUUAUUGUGCCCAUGCUUCUACUGAUGAAGAUGAAACAUCUGCAUCGUCAGAGGAAGAAGAAGUCAGAGUAUUUGGGAAGAACAAGAGGAAACAUGUGUAUUUGAGAACUAAAGAGGAGGAGGAUAGAGCGAGGAGACGGGCAAAACAGAGAGCAACUCUUAUCGGUGAUGAAUUCCAGUCCGAAAAUCCUUUUUUCACAAUCGCUCUACAGCCAUCUUAUAUGAAUCACAAAUACUUGCAUAUACCAGUUUCGUUCAAUGAGAAGCACAUGUUUAGCCACGGAAAGAAAAUCAAAGCUCAGGUUGAAGAUGGAAGAUUUUGGCUACUCGCAUUUCCCAAGGAUGAGCGUGGAAGGUUAACUAUUGGAGUUGCAUCACUUUUGAAAGAUAAUGAUUUGGUUGUCGGAGAUAUCAUACUCGUGGAGCUAAUGAAGGAGAUGAAAUCCAAGUACCUUGAUGCUAAAGUUCAUAUCUUUCGCGCCUGAAAAUUAUGUCCAGUACCUUAAACUACCUACUCUGAUUUCUAUAAAGUAGAAAUUUAAGUUGUUAACAUACUUUUCUGAAAAGUUAAUUGUAGAAUGUAGUGGCAUGUU